AUGCCUUCCAUAUCUGAAGAAGAAAUUUUAGCAUCAUACCCUCAAAUCAGUCAACCAACACAGUUGACGGGUUUUACAUCCAAUUUGACUGAAGAACAGAAGCAAACCACAAUUGAACUCCGUAAAGAGUUGGUUGCUUUGGGUUAUAAAGAUAGAUUAGACGAUGCCACACUUUUGCGUUUCUUGAGAGCUAGAAAGUUUGACUUGGCAGCUGCUAAAGAAAUGUUUGUUGCUUGUGAAAAUUGGAGGAAAAGCUUUGGUACAAAUACCAUUUUGAAAGAUUUCCACUAUGAAGAAAAACCAAUUGUUGCUAAGAUGUACCCUACUUACUACCACAAAACUGAUAAAGAUGGUCGUCCUGUAUACUAUGAAGAAUUGGGUAAAGUUGACUUGAAUAAAAUGUUGAAGAUCACUACCCAAGACAGAAUGCUUAAAAACUUGGUUUGGGAAUACGAAAAUAUGGUUCAAUAUCGUUUACCUGCAUGUUCAAGAAAAGCUGGGUACUUGGUUGAAACAUCGUGUACUGUAUUGGACUUGUAUGGAAUCUCCAUAUCUUCAGCAUACAGUGUCAUUGGAUAUGUAAGAGAGGCAUCGAAAAUCGGUCAGGAUUACUACCCAGAAAGAAUGGGUAAAUUUUACUUGAUUAAUGCUCCAUUUGGUUUUGCUACUGCUUUCAAAUUAUUCAAGCCAUUUUUAGACCCAGUCACCGUGUCCAAGAUUCACAUUUUGGGCUAUAGUUAUCAAAAGGAAUUAUUGAAACAAAUCCCUCCACAAAAUUUACCCAAGAAAUUUGGUGGUGCCGAUGAUAUUGGUGAUGAUGAUUUGCUUUUGAAAGAUGUUGGCCCUUGGAGAGAUCCUCAGUAUAUUGGUCCUGAAGGUGAAGCGCCACGGGCUUAUGAUAUAUAA